AUGGCUGUGGAAUCUGAGAGGAAAGAGAAGCAGGCCGACAUGGAGGAGAAGCAAGGUCAGGAGGAGGAGAGUCAGGGUGAAGAGGAGGAGGAGGAGGAGAAGGAGGAAAAAACUGGGGAGGAGGAGAGGCAGACUGAGGAGGAUCCCGAGGAGGCAGCGGAAGAGCAAGCGAAUACCGAGCGCCGAAGCAAAAAAAAAAUGGACAUCCUUUUGGCCGAAGUUGAUCCGAUAAACGAGUCAGAUGACGAAGGGGUUGGUAGCCUGCUAGAGUUUAACCAAUUGAUGGCCAUUGUUCCUUAUGUUGCACCGAUAGAUGUCAAGCAGGGCGAUGACUCCGACCGUGAGACUUGUAGCAGGGCCGCAGAUUCAUCGAUUGUACGUGGUGUAAUGGCACGUAAGGAUCGGAAGAGAAAGAAGAAGCCUGAAUUCGUGACACCCGUGUCGACACCGCGAAUUGAGAAAGCGAGAAGAACACGGAGGGCGAAAGGAAAGUCAGCGGUCGACGUCAAUAAUGAGCAGAUACGUAGUUCUAUACAAAUAUAA